CUGCCACACAACAUCCUGCACCCAACUCGGCGCAACAGCUGCGCACAUCCAGCGCCACCUACUGCCCAACCUACUUUCCUGCUGAUCCUGCGUCACACUUCAAGUCUGGCUUUCUGCUGUUCCGUUCUCGCCCUGCUCUCCACUUUUGCCUGCGUUCUCGCGUGUCGCGCAUCCCGCCGUGCCAACCGCCCUUUGCCCCGCCCUGCUCACAGCGCCCCCUUCCCCCUUCCUCCUUGGAGGGACAACCUCACAGACGUCUUGCACCGGGGUCCGUACGGACCCCGGCUUUAUGGAUGCGAAUUACAAUUGAAGGGACAGUCCGACAAGCGGGGGCACACGGCUUUAUGGAUGCGAAUUACAAUUGAAGGGACAGUCCGACAAGCGGGGGCACACCGUACCCACGCCGCGAGGGACCGUCUCCGGCCCAGAGAGAAACACCCACCCCCUGGUUGACUGCCGACCUUCAUAGCGUUACGCGCAUGAGUCGAAGCCAAGCCGAAGCCCGCCAAAGCCCCACCGCCACGUAACACCCCUCAUCUCUUUAUGGCUUUAUGGUUGCGAUAUUACAAAGAAGGGACAAUCCGACCAAGCAAGGGUGCCCGUGCACCCAGGUCAAGAGGGACCAUCUCCGGCCCGAAAGGAAACCACCCUCCCCCCAGUUGGCUACCGACCUUCCACAACCGUGCAACAGGUCUUCGCGUGGUGGGCGCGUUCGAGGUGAUGGACGUGGUGGGAGCGGAGCUGGGCCUCACGUGGAAGGCGGCCAAGGACCAGGGGCGGGACGUGGCGUGUCAGCAGCUAGAAUUCCUGGGCAUGCUGUUUGACACGGUGCGGUUGGAGAUGCGCAUUACACCUGACAAGCGGCAGCGGUACGCAGCGGGGCUGCGAUCGCUGCUCGACGCAGCGGCGGCCGGCGCGGUACAGCGGCACGAUCUGGAGACCACUGCCGGCAGGCUCACGUUCGUUGCCCGCGCAUGCCGAUGGGGAUACACUUUCCUGCAAAGUGUCUACGACACGCUGUUCUCGACGCAGCAGCCGGCCCCACCCACAGUGCGGCUGGGCCCGGCGGCGCUCGAGGACCUGCAGUGGUGGUGGGAGGUGCUGCGGGUGGACUCCUCACUUUGGGACGGCGCCCGACAAUGCACGGUCGCGGGACUGGAACUGGUGCGGGGGGAGUUCGCUGACGCUCAGAGCGGCGCCGUGGUGUUUACCGACGCCAGCGGGGUGGGCUUCGGCGCCGCGUGGAAGUAGGCGGAGCUGCAGGGAGUGUUCUCGCAGCAGCAGCGGCAGUCGCACAUCGCUUGGUUAGAGCUAACGGCGGUGGUGCGAGCGUUGCAAGCGUGGGCGCCGCGGCUGAAGGGCCGCAAGGUGCUAGUCCGCUGCGACAACACGCAGGCAGUGGCGGCCGUUAACCACGGCUCCACGCGCGUCAGGGAGGGGCGCAGCCUCUGCAGACAGCUGGCAGAACUGGCGAUACGGGAGGGCUUUGAGGUGCGGGCAGAACAUAUCGCAGGCGUAGAGAACGUGCGAGCAGACCGACUCAGCCGACAGCUGGCACAGGCACGGGACCAGAAUCUGCGCCUCAAGCCGGCCAUCUUCCAGGGCCUGGUGGUGGGUAGGUACCGGCCCACCGUCGACUGCUGCGCGGACGUUCUGGGCUUGAACACACAGCCAGGGUGCAACGAAUUCUUCAGCCCGGAGCGCUCGGUGUUGGGCCAGGAGCAGCAGCUGGCGGGCAAGGUGCUGUGGGCGUUUCCACCGGUGGCGCUGGUGGGCGAGGUGCUGGCGACAAUAGCAGCAGCAGCACGCAUCAGCAGCGCCACCAGGGCGACAGUGGUAGUCCCGGACCAGCCGGACUACCACUGGUACCGGCGCUGGGUGCGGGGGCCGAGCGGGGCGGGCACCGUGUUUAAGACUAAGGGCAGACUAUCCGCCGGGCGGAGGGUGUGUCUGUGGCCGUGGGGAGAAGAGGCGGAGCCGGCGCCGUACGACUUCCUUGUAUUGCGCGUACACUGACCGUGGCCCGCAAGCCCCUCUCCGCAGGACCGGCGGCCGCGGAGGGCCCGUGUGCUACAUGCGCGCGUCGCUGCGGCCGGGCGGACCUGCGCUGCGAAGGCUGUGGCUCAAGGGCGCAUCACCAAUGCCUGGGGGCCAAGAAGACGGCCUACUCGGGCGGCUGGUUCCGCUGCACGAACUGCGUGCUGGCGGCGGCAGGCGUGGGCGGCGGCGCAACGGCCAAGGCUUUAGCGGCAGAUUGGGUCGCGCUGGCCGGGGGGGACGUGGCGGACAGCUCAGCCGGCGUGUACGCCACGGGGCUCCGGCGGUACGUGGCCUUCUGCAGCACGGAGCUCAACCUGCGCGAGCGGGAGGCGCUACCACCGGGCCGGAAGGGCGACUUGAACCCGCACGCUGUCUGCCUCUUUCUGACGCACUGUAUUCGGCGGAAAGGCUUAGCGCACAAGACGAUGGAGGGCAACAUCAGCGUGCUGGCAGACUGGCAGCGCUCGAAGGGCAUCCACGGCGACGACCUUAUCAGCCGGCAUCCGCUCGUCCGGCGUGCGCUGCGCAUCUUGAAGCGCGGCAGCGGGGGCGCCCAGCAGAAGCCACCGCUGCCGCUCUCCGUGCUGCGCCAGCUGGUCGGGUGGCUGGCCGUGGUGGCGGCACAGAACGGCCAGCAGGCCGAGGCGUGCAGCCGUGACGCCUGCUGGCUGGCGCUGGGCUUCUUCGAGAUGCUGCGCCGAGGCGAACUGGCGGCACUUCAGCUGGGAGACGUGGGACAGCAGAAGCCGGAAGGGCCGGUGGUGCUGGAGAUCCAGCGCAGCAAGACGGACCAACAGGGGGCGGGCGCAGCAGUACACCUAGCAGCGAUGACAGCCAGCCGCAUACCUAUCGGGAGGAUUGUGGGCAGAUACAUACAGUGGCGGCGGGCGGCGGGGGCGAGCGACGGUGAUCCGCUCUUCGCGGUGGUGGGGCGGCGCACGGGGGGGCUUGGGAAAGAGUGGUUCACGCGGCGGCUAAGGAGCCUGCUACAGGCGAUGUGGGAAGGGGCCGCGGGUAAGCCGGACGCGGCGAGCUUCUCAGCUCACAGCUUGCGCAGGGGCGGGGCGACGGCAGCUGCCAACGCGGGGGUUUCAAUCGAGGACAUUAAGGAGCACGGCCGGUGGAAAUCGGACGCCGUGCGCGUGUACAUCCGCAAGUCAACCGUGGAGCAGCGGCGGCUAGUGGCGAGAAUGUGAGCAGAGUGGGGAACCGGUGUGGGGGGUAGUUUCUGCCCGGCGCAAGGUAGGCGCGGCGGGGCAGACCUGGUUUAGAAGGGCGGUGUUCGGUGGGCGCCGCCGGGCCGGCCGUGGGGAGAUGGAUCCCAAAUCCUCACCCGCACGGGUACGGCCCGCAAUCCCCCAUAUCUGUUUUGCUACUCCCUGGACAUAGCAUGAGUAGGUUUGCGAACGGACGCCGAAGGCGGUAACUUUGCUGAGAGAGACAGCACCGAGUGCAAGACGAUGCGGUGUAAUUGUGUGGGUGUGUUACAUGGGCUCCGACUCUCCGCAGCCCAUCAGCUCAAAGGGCUGUUUUAGGCGGAGAAAGGCUUUGCCCGCACGUAGCGUAAAAUAAGUUUUGAAGCGGGGCUAAGGAAGGAGGGACGCCCACGGUUGUGAGAGGCGGGGGAAGGGGACAAGUGCGGAUGAAGGCCUGGGGUCAAGGCGUGUCGAACCCCAUCGCUAGGCAAGGGCUGAAGGUAGUAAGCGUGUGGCCUCGGUGGGCUAUUUGUUAAGUUCCGUUUGGUGUAGAAUCGUGUCAGUAGGCAGUGAGAGGCUCGUUAGUGCACGGCACGCUAGUUUUGUGUUUCCCGCCCACCCACCCCUCGUUCUCCUGACCACAGUGUUAUGUUGAAGGCUGACAGUGGGGGCACUGAUGGCGACGCUAUUAUAGUUUGACUUGUCUGGUUUGCCAGAGGACGUGUCCGGGGGGUAGUUUCUGCCCGGCGCAAGGUAGGCGCGGCGGGGCAGACCUGGUUUAGAAGGGCGGCGUUCGGUGGGCGCCGCCGGGCCGGCCGUGGGGAGAUGGAUCCCAAAUCCUCACCCGCACGGGUACGGCCCGCAAUCCCCCAUAUCUGUUUUGCUACUCCCUGGACAUAGCAUGAGUAGGUUUGCGAACGGACGCCGAAGGCGGUAACUUUGCUGAGAGAGACAGCACCGAGUGCAAGACGAUGCGGUGUAAUUGUGUGGGUGU